AGGCGGCGGGGGCCGUGCUGAGAGCGGCCGGGCAGGGUAGCAGCGGGACGGGAGGAGCCCGGUGCGCGGAGAGGGGCGGGCGGUGGUCGCAGCAGGAGGGGGGCGUCCCGGUGUCCCCCCUCCGUCGUUCCGUUCCCCGCGGCACCAUGAAAGCCGUGAGUCCCGGCCGGCCCCCCAGCAGCCGCAAGGCGCAGCCCGGGGGGGCGGGCGGCGGUGGCGGCCCCCCGGCCCUGCGGUGCCUGGCCGAGCACAGCGGCUGCAAGGGGGGCGAGGAGCCGGCGGCGCUGUGCCUGCAGUGCGAUAUGAACGACUGCUACAGCCGCCUCAGGAAGCUGGUGCCCACCAUCCCGCCCAACAAGCGGGUCAGCAAAGUGGAGAUCCUGCAGCAUGUCAUCGACUACAUCCUCGACCUGCAGCUGGCUCUGGAGACGCACCCGGCGCUGCUCCGGCAGCAGCAGCAACACCCGGCCGGCUGCCCCGCGGCCACCCCCCGGACCCCGCUGACGGCCCUCAACACCGACCCGGUAAGAGGCUGGCUCUGUUAACAAGCCGGGGGACAGCAUCCUCUGCCGCUGACCGCCGCUCCCCAGGUGUGCGGCGGCGCCGCGCAGAGGCACCGCGGGGGGCGGGCGGCGGGGAAGGGGGGGGCCCGGCGGAAAAAAAAAAAAAGAGCGAGCCGACCCCCCCCCCCGUGGUCCGCCCGGCAGAGCCAGCCGCCCCCCGGAGCGGUUUUUCCCCUCCCUAGCCCCCCCACCCGCCGCCUCUUCUCUCCGCCUGGCAGCAGGAUGCGAGCGGCGGGGGCAGCGGGGUGCCGGACCCCCCAGCGGCAAAAGUUGCGCCCCUGCCCCGGGACAGAGGAGCGAGCUCCAGCCAAGCCCCUAGGAGCGUAACUGAGGGAGCCAGCAGCCGAUCCUUGAAGCUUUACUAAUCUACCAGAGCAUUUGUAGAUAUAUUUGACAUCUAUUGUUUCAAAUAGAUGGUUUUAUUGGGGCCCAGGGAACUUUCUUCUCCCUGCAGGAGUGUUACAUAUUGUAUAGAUAAAAACGCGUGGCAUUUCAUACUGUGUAUAUAUAGAGAUGUUCUAUGAGUGUGAGAAAAGUAUAUGCUUUAAUAGACUACUGUAAUUAUAAAAUAUUUUUAAUUAAAUAUUUUUUUGUAAAUAUUAUAAAGGUGUGUAUGUUUUUUUUAAAUCUGUGGGAAUCUCUUUAGGAAACUGCAGCUCAAGUACGGAGCUGCUUAUAUGGAAAUACCUUGAAUGUGUAGGGCUUUUUUGUCCCCAAAUAUCCUUUAGACUCGGAAGCUACAGCUAUACCUAGUGGUCCUGCAUGAUUGCAUGAUAUGUCUAAUUGCAAAUGAACUUGUUUGGAGUCCAUACAAACGUGUUUUUCCUCAAUCUAGACUAAAAAUGUUUGUAAGUGUAUUAUACAUUUUGAGACUACACUUUUGUCAUUUAGGCACAGGGGUUUUUAGUGCGUUCUAUAAAAGUAGCGGUAAGAUGUAGUGCUUUUUUUUACUGAAAAUAGACAAAUUCUAUCUACUUUUUGCAUUAUGGGGUGAUGCUUUAGAUCUUUAAUCAGCUUUUUAAAAAUCUGCUGUUGCAUCAGAUCAAGAAAUUUGUUCUGGAACUUCAUUUAGUACCAAAAGGUUUUAUUGCAAACCUGCAUUCCUACAGUCUUAUUAAUUGCUGAAAAAGCGAAAACAGUUCUCUGCUUGCAACCAAAGGGCAAACCAUUAACAAAAACAGUUACUGUUUCCUUCAUCCAAAGAGUAUUAAUAGGGGACCGUGGGAAGGCAUAUGGGCAAAGUCAUUAUGAUCAGUGGUGUAAACUCAUCUUAAAAUGAACUUAAGUAGACCAAAAAUCAGGUAACUGCGUCAAGAUUAUUUUUCUAGUACAAGAUGACUUUCAUUUCACUGCAGCUAUGUUACAGUUAAAAUCCUGUUUAAUCUCUGUGAUGUGUAACUACUACAUGUGAACAUUAAACUAGAUUUACCUGUCUUUAACUGUGAUUCUUCAGCUUAUUUCUUCAAUUCUC